CUCAUGGUUCAUUGGUUCAUGGACAUUCCUAUACUCUUGUCUUCUUAAUUAGCAUUACGGAACAGCAACAACAAACUCGACACCAUGAGAAUCAAACGGCAUAAGGAUUACAAGCGGUACAUGAACAUGUACUGCCAGACAUUUAAAUUCCACAAACCAUAUCAGGUUCUUGUGGAUGCGGAUUUUAUUCAAGCAGCAUUGGAUCAAAGAAUGGAUCUCAGGGUGAUGAUCCCCAAUGUUCUCUGUGACGCUUCAAAACAAAUGGUGACACCAUGUACCAUGGCACAACUCAAAUCUCGUGGUGAAGAGGCAUCUGGUGCCUUCAUUGCCUCCAAACGAUUUGAGAAACGUCGUUGCAAGCAUCAAGAUCCUGUCGAGGAAUCCAUUUGUAUCUCUCAAAUCAUCGCCGAUACCAACCCCCAUAAUUACGUCGUUGCCUCUCAAUCCAAACGACUUCGAGUUCAAUUAGCUCAAGUUCCAGGGGUACCUUUGCUUUAUAUCCAUCGAUCCAACCUCAUCUUAGAACCCCCCUCAGAGGCAAGUUUGAAAACCUGUAAAAAAAUCGAAACCGACAAGACCCAUGCUAAAUCAAAGGAAUUACAAACUUUAAAGGGCCUCAAGGUCUCUGCAUUGGCUAAACUUUUGAAAAAGAAAAUGGGUCCCAAGGAACCAAAUCCAUUGUCGAUUAAGAAGAAAAAGAAAAAACCAGAGCCCACUACUACCAUUACUUCGACUACAACUUCUAUCAAAAAGCGAGGAGCAGAGUCUGAAGCGGAUGCAGGAGUAGAGAAGAAAAAGACAAGAAGGAGGAGAAAGUCAAAGUCUACUGCUACUGCUGAUGCUUCUGCCACAACCAAUACUACAACGCCGGCGGGAUCCGAGUCGUCAUAG